ACAUAUGAGUUUGGUGUGAACGGCCCCUAAUACUAUGAGCAUGCGCAGGACCUUAUUACUUUCUGGAGCGGAGUUAUUUAAACACCUCAGACAUUCUCAUGUCGAUGUCGUGUGUUUGGCGUUAAUGUAGAGUUCGAUAUAUGAUCGGCCAUGCAGUUGUUUGUACGUGCCCAGACAUUGCACUCCAUUCAAUUGAAUGGGUCAGAGACUGUUGCCCAUAUCAAGGCUCAAAUUGAGGCUUUGGAGGGACUGGCCUGUGAUGAUCAGAGCAUUUCACUGUGUGGGGUGCCCCUUCAGGAUGAGGCAUUGAUUUGUCAGUCUGGUAUUGAGGAGUUCAGCACUCUUGAGGUCUCAUCAAGACUGUUGGGAGGCAAAGUCCACGGCUCCCUGGCAAGAGCAGGAAAAGUCAGAGGCCAAACGCCCAAGGUGGACAAGCAGGAGAAGAAGAAGAAAAAGACUGGCAGGGCAAAGAGGAGAAUUCAGUACAACCGCCGUUUUGUAAAUGUUGUGCCUACAUUUGGCAAAAAGAAGGGACCUAAUGCCAACUCAUAAAUUGCUGUUAAAAAAUUUAAUCAUGCUAUUUUUUGAUGUUCACCGCAUUCCAUGGCAUUUCCCUUUGCCUGAUCAGUAGGACAUUCUUGUUAGGAAAAUUACAAUAUAAAAGCCAGUUGGUUCAUAAAAGCAAAGUAAUUUGUGGACUUGAUAACAAUGUUUUUUGUUUUUUUUUGUAAACUGUGAAUCAUUAAAGAGACUGUAAGUUGAGACGUUGCAAUUAAAAACAUUUAAUGAAA